CCAGCCGGCUACAUCUGUUCUGGCCCGUGUCGGGGAGGUUGUGGGAAAAGUGACUUAGCUUAAGGCGAGAGGAAUGGCAUUCUUGUCAGCUCUCAGGGUAUCUCAGAGCGGGCGCCGGGGUUUUCUCCUGCGAGGGGCCUUCCGAGACCAUCUGAACAGGAGCUGUCGGUCCGGGACAUCUAUGAGACAGACGCAGCAGCAGCAACACGCGCUGGAAUUGACCUCUGAACAGGCAAUUGUGGUCCCAAGAAGAACACGGUUCUUAUCUGAUGCUGUCCCUUUUUCUGAUUUCCUGACUGAUAGCUUUGGACGCCAGCAUAACUACUUGAGAAUUUCCCUAACUGAGAAAUGCAACCUCAGGUGUCAGUAUUGUAUGCCAGAGGAAGGAGUUCAGCUAACUCCCAAAUCCGAAUUGUUGAGCACCCAGGAAAUCAUUACUCUUGCCCGGCUCUUUGUGAAGGAAGGUGUGGACAAGAUCCGUUUGACUGGAGGAGAGCCUCUUAUCCGGCCUGAUGUGGUGGACAUCAUAGCUCAAUUACGCAAAUUAGAAGGGUUGAAAACUAUCUCUGUCACAACGAAUGGGAUCAAUUUAGCCAGACUGUUACCCCGGCUAAAAGAGGCUGGCUUGGAUGCCAUUAAUAUCAGCUUGGACACUCUGAUUCCAGCUAAAUUCGAAUUCAUUGUCCGUCGAAAAGGAUUCCACAAGGUAAUGGAAGGAAUUCACAAAGCUCUUGAACUUGGCUAUAAUCCUGUUAAGGUGAACUGUGUGAUUAUGAGAGGACUCAAUGAAGAUGAGCUGCUGGAUUUUGUUUCUUUUACAGAAAAGCAGCCCCUGGAUGUGCGCUUUAUAGAAUACAUGCCUUUUGAUGGUAACAAGUGGGACUUCAAGAAAAUGGUGAGCUACAAGGAAAUGCUGGAUACAAUUAAACAGAAAUGGCCAGAUUUGAAAAAGUUACCCUGUGAAGAAGCUUCUAGCACUGCCAAGGCAUAUAAAGUACCAAAUUUUCAAGGGAAAGUUAGCUUCAUCACUUCCAUGUCUGAGCAUUUCUGUGGAUCCUGCAAUCGGCUAAGGAUCACAGCUGAUGGGAAUUUGAAGGUCUGCCUUUUUGGAAAUUCAGAAGUGUCCUUACGGGAUCACUUACGAUGUAAUGCCUCUGAAGAGGAGUUGAUGCAGAUUAUUGGGACAGCUGUUGGCAGAAAGAAGAAACAACAUGCAGGCAUGUUCAACAUUUCCCAAAUGAAGAACAGGCCAAUGGUCCUCAUUGAAGCAACAUCAAGGUCAUUUCCACUUCUCCAAGAUGCCCUGCAGGACCAAGCAAAUUUGAGAGAUUGGGGCCUCAGACAAGGACAAUGCCUGACGCUGAAAGAAAGUUUAUUCAAACAGAUGGGGAAAAAGUUUAAAACAAAUAUGUUUACAGGACACCAUGCCUUGCCAGGAUCUUACUCAGCACGACAGCUUGCAUCAAGGAUUUCACAAACUCAGCUCAGUAGCAAUUGCUUUCUUCAGAAGACUUGGAGCUGCAGCUUGAAUGAUAAGUGCCUUUGGACAGGAAUUCCUCUCCCCAAACAGGCUUCCCAUGUGACUCGAGACAUUUGUUCCAGGAUGGUAAGCCAAGCAGAGAAGGGCUGGAGAUCUCUUUCAACUGCCAAAUGUCUUGGUGCCUCCGAUUGCUUAACCCACGUUGACCGAGAAGGCCAGGUAUCAAUGGUAGAUGUUGGAGGGAAGCCAGACUCAGAAAGGAUUGCAGUGGCUUGUGCUGUGGUCCAUCUGGGUGCAAAGGCAUUUAACUUGUUACAACAGAACCAAAUUAAAAAAGGUGAUGUGCUUGCAGUGGCCCAGAUAGCGGGAAUCCAGGGAGCCAAGCUAACAAGCCAGCUCAUUCCACUGUGCCAUAAUGUUCCAUUGAACCUGGUUGAGGUUACUCUCAGUCUGGAUGCAGAAAAACAUACCGUUACCAUUCAGGCUCUGUGUCGCACCCAUGGAAAAACUGGGGUGGAGAUGGAAGCUUUGAUGGCUGCUAGUCUUGCUGCUUUAACAGUGUAUGAUAUGUGCAAAGCAGUGAGCCAUGACAUAAUCAUUGAAAAUGUAAAACUCCUCAGCAAGCAAGGAGGCCAGAGGGGUGACUUUAAGCGAGACUGAUUAAAAGCUUUUAUUCAAGAGAUCAAUAUACCUUAUUCUUGGAAUACAAUUUUAACAGCAGUGUCUCCAGUACUAGUAACCAAAAUUCUGGCCGUUAACCUUACUAAAUCAUAAUCUGUUGUUUCUCUUGCUUUGGCUAAUAAUGUAGGCCUAAGUCUACUGUUUACCUGUCUUCUUUCAUGUAGCAACUGACCUUUUUUUGCCUUUAAGUUCUAAGCUCUCCCACUGCUCUGAUUUGCAGUCAUUCUAAGGAUACAUAUGUUUAGCCCUUUAUUUCUGAUUUUGUGCAAAGUUCUGGUCUCCCAUCUCCUUUUAAUUGCACUAAAAUAUUCACCCAGCUGGAUUUCAACAUGAAUCUUCUGUUUUGAGGAUAUUCAGAUCCAGAAUUCUCAGAUGAAUUAUGAUUUUAAUAUUCUGUCGUAUCCAAACACUGGAAAAUAUAAACUGUGAGUCACCUGGAUCACUCCCAACUAGACUAAACAUGAUUUUGAAUAGUAGUUUAGUUUCGAUUUGUCUUUCAAAAUGGAAGGUAAAUAUUUGUUGGUUAGGAAUAGUUACAAACUAAUCUAUAUACAGUUAAAAAUACUGUAUAAAUUUCUCUUUAAUCUGGAUGAAAAAAAAAUGGUAGUUCUAUAAAUAGUAUGCUCUUUUACCUGAGGUCAAAUACAACCCUGGUGCAACUCACAACCCUCAAUGAAAUUGAAUUUGACACCCCUGGUCUAGGGUAAAUCUCUCUUUUGCAGAAGCCCAUGCCCAAGAGAAGAUAUGCUCUGGGUAUGUCUAAACCUGACUGGCAUGAGGGGGAUGGAAAACUGAAUGUCAGAUUUGAUGCUUUCCUUUCAUAACACAAUAAAUAAAUAAGCAAACAAACAACCCUAACCCCUAGAUGUUCAAGCCCAUUAUAGUCUUCAUAUUAACAUUGAUGUGGACAUAAUUCUUUGUAAGUAAGGCACUGGGAUUGAAACAAGUAGGACAAAAUAUCCUACGUUUCUGGCCACAGAUGCAGUUUUGUUAUUGUUUUAAAAUUUUGUAAUCCAUUUUAUCCCUGCCUAGAAAACUUUCAGAUGCAAGACCCUUUAGACACCAACCAAAGUAUUUUAAUUCUGAACAUCAUUGCUUUAAAACUCAUCAAUAGCAUUUUAAAUGAAAGUAGUAUCCUUUCCUGCUCUUCUACAGGAGAUUACAGCUUGAGGCUCAUUUUGCUAAUACUCCUCCUGCUGUAUGUGCUCCACAUGCAUCUACAUAGCAAAUGCUCCUUCAAGUAGGCAAAAAAAGAAAGGUUUUAUUCAAGGCAUUUAGAGUUUAUGCAGGGGACAAUCAGUAUUAUCCUUUCACAUAAUAAUGCUCAGAAGUCAAUUUCAAGGAGAGAUAAUUUUGAUUCUCUGAAUGAAAGACCAAGAGAUGGAUAAUAUAAUAAAAUAACAGUGGCACCAAGAGACAUUUCUGCACAAUCCCAUUAAAGGUUGGGAUUUCUCAGAUUAAAUGACCUUCAGCUUUACAUCUGAUUUUCAAACAGGUUUUUUCAUGAAACUUAUAAGGGACAGAUUGUGCUAUCUAGUAAUUUAUUAUAAAGUAUUAAAUCAAAAGCAAUUUUGAAACCAAUCAAGUGCAAAUCACAUAAGGUAAUGUUUGGAAUCCAACCAUUCUCAGCAAGAUGUGAUAAAAUCUGGUCCAUGUAGAACAGACUGGGUAAAAAUUGCUUGUUCUAUAAUUUUUGCACUUUAAUAAGUCCAAAAAUGAUCAGAAAGAAGUGCCUACAUUUUGCUUAUUGUGCUUAAAGGAUAAUUGAAAAGUGACUCUUUUCCACGUUUAUUUUUAGUUAAUCAAAUAAUUAUCACAAUUUCCUGGAAUUGGGGGAAAUAAAUUAUGAACGUAAAUAGCCCCAAGUGGCACUCACCACUCUAGCCUGUUUUUCAUUGCUUCGACUGGGAUAGAAACAUUGGUUCUUGAUCUAGGAUAGCAAGUUUAUGGGAGAAUUCUUCCAUUGGCAGUGUGGCUGUCAUAUAAACCCAAGGGCAGACUGAGUUGUUUGCUUGAAAGAGAGAGGGUUCUUCCCAGUACACCAAAGGUACAUAGAAGGAAAACCAGAAUGUAACAACUUUUGCAUUACCUUUAAAUAGUUCCAUAUAGAAGUAUAGUUAUUUUUUUCCCAUUUUUUUUCUUAAUAAAUCUAAUCCAAGGUGAGCGGUUUUUACAUUCAUCCUUCACUGGCAAGGUUGAUUACCACUAGAGAGUUUGGACAGUGCAAAUAACCCUUGAGUUACCACCAUCUUUCAUUGCAAGAAGGGAUGUGUUAUUCAGAGAAUGGCGUGAGCAGUCUCAGGAAGAGGCUGCCUUCAUGGAGCAAGGCCUUGUCAGCAGCAGGACAAAAGUAGCUAGGCUCAGGUGGGCCCAGCAGUACCUGCAAAGUGCAGGUAGAUGGAGGGUUUGCACUAUGGCUCUGGGAUAGCUGACGCAGGUGCUUGAGGCGGCACUUUUUGGUAGCAGUGAUAGCACUGGAGUUAGAGUUGAGACCCAGAGUUGGGGAUGGGAGCAGCCCCAGUGCCACCGCUGCAACUGAAGAGGGCCUCUGUGCAGGGCUGCCAAAAGGGCAGAGAUGGGGCAGAAGGGGAGAUUAAGGGGGGAGAUUCAAGAGGAAGCAGCCUGUUAUCAAGGCUCAAGGUUGGGAGCAACCAAGCUAGGAAUGGCUUGGAUCUGGUGGUCACCCUCACCUAAGACCAGUGGCAUUCAGUAUGGCAACAGAGAGUCCUGGGAUUGCCAUCACUAAACUAUGGUCACAUGAUGUUUUGUCUAAUGGCCACAUUGCUUACUGACAGAUAUUCCAGCCCUAGUUAUUGUUGAAUCUUAAAGACUAGUUAUAAAGCAAUGUCAGAAGUUUUUAACCACAACCAAUUAGUUAGUAGUUCAGCGGUAAUUUCAAGAUUGGGAGUUGGUUCCCCAUCUUUUUCUUUGAUGUGUAAUUUUAAAAUAUGGUGUUUCCAUAAAGCUGUAAAGAUGGGACAAUCGUGAACAUGUCUAAUGUCAUGGAAAGAAAGUCUGGUGAGCAUUCACCAGAAUAAGGCAAAAUAAUACCUAGAGCAGAAAUGACUUGAUCCCAAAUGCAUUGGUUGCCUUCUUUCUGAUCAUUAAAAGCUUUGUAAGAUUUCUGUUGUUGAAGCAAUUCAUAAACCAUAUUGGACAGUCGUUCACUUCCAUUUGACAUUUCUGAAAGGGCUUUAAAAAACCUCCCCACUUUCCUUUUUAAUUCCAAAAACCAUAGUCAAACCAUUGGUUAUGUCUCCACACAACCUUCUGUCAGUUUGAAAAUCAUCAACAGAAAACAUGGAUUGAGGAGAGCAAUUUAAAAUGAAUAUAUGUGUGAAAAAUCAACUUUUUCUUGCUAUUUGAUUUUUAGAUUGUAUUGUAAAUGCCUUACAAAGGAAAAGAAACUUUAGGGAAGAAUGUCCCAAGUUUGGAAAAGAGAAUGAAAAGGAUACAUCUCUUGGGGCUGAAAAUGGACAACUUUGUAGAAUGCAAUUUAUUUUUUCCUGCAGUUCGACUUUUCACACUGUCUCCAAAUAAAAAUAGUCUCUCCCUCCAGUUGUUUGUAUAAUUCAUAAACUACUGUUUGCACCAAAUGGUAUUCAUUGAUUAAAUUCUCCUCAUUCCAUCCAAUAGUAUUCUUCGAUUAAAUUGUUAUUGCAUAAGUUUAUCUGUUGUAAUAUCUGUGUACAGAAUGUCAGUUGAAUUACUUAGUAAGAGCAAUAGUUCAAGUUUAUACUUGACAAGAGGGCUUUAAUCACAGGCUGAUUACUGUGGUCACUCCUUGUUUCUUCAAUUGCAGAGGUCAGUAUCAUGAUGCCGUUUAAUGGAGACUACUGAUCAGCAGACUUUUUUUUUUUUAAAUGACCAUAAUUUGAGAAGUGCAUAUGCUUGUGUGAUAUCUCACAAUAUUUUGGCUGGUUGAACUGUUUUGUUUUAAAUUUGAUUUAAUGUACAUAUUCUGGCUCCUAGGCCAAAUUGUGAUGUAUUACUUCAGCCUGAAAAGAUUGUUGGCGCUAUUUCUUGAUGUCUCUUUAGAGUUGUUUCUGUGCAUCUGGGUAAUUUUAGCUAUAAGAUUUUAGCUUUUGCCUGAAUGUGCCUGAUUUUUAAGAAAAUUGUUCACCAAAUUUCACUUUUGCGUGAGAGCAGAAAACAGAAAAUGGCUAUAGAUACAGACAGAUCUGAUGUAUAGUCCUUGUUAUUCCAUCUUUUAAGUCUUUAUGAAUUGAAUGAAGUAUGUCAUAUUUGUCCUUAUCAGGGAAGGGAAAUGAUUUGUUGCUGCUUCACAUUGCUAUGUAUUUUCCUACAUGUCCUGUAUAUGGUGAAAAGUAAUAACACAUUUUUUAUAAGUGCACUUGAUAAGAAGCAUAGGAAAUGUGUAAAUAUGAAGCAUAUCAUUAGAUUUUGGUUCCUUCCUGUGGUAUCAGAGAAUAUCAAAUGUCUCAAGAUCAUUGAAUCUUAUAGAAGUCCCUGAUGACGUGAGAAAUUGUUCUGCACACAUUCCUGUGAUACGUGCAAUAAACAAGAAUGCAACUGUUAGAAAGAUGUUUUACUUGUUUCCUCUGCAGCAGUAACAUGUUCUAACAUUACAGGAUGAUGGUUUGUCUAGGAGUGUCCAAGCACUGUUAAAAUCUUAAUACAUUUUGCUUGACUACUAUUCAGCCGUUCAGUCUGUAAUUUAAUGUAAACAGCAGAUACUUAAACUAAUUUUUUUUUUAUCUUUUCUGAAGUUUGGUUUUUCAUGCAUAAAUAUAGUGACCUAAUGUAUACUUAAAGGGCUUCAGAAUUAAUUUUAUUGAAAGAAAACUCAGAAUUUACAAUGAUUCAGCAUGCAUUGUGUUAAUUUCUGAAAAAUCUGUGCCCUGAUAAGAGGAUUUUUAGAUAGGCUUGUUUUAAAAAGUUAUAACCUGCCUGUUAGUGAAUAGAUGGGAUCUCCUUCUUGUUGUUUUGGGAAGGUAGUCCUAAUUUUUCUUGCUUAUAUUCAAACAGAGUAACUAAUGAUGUUUUUUUGAAUGCUUUCAUUAUGCGUCUAUGUAAUAAUUCCUGGAUAUACGCACAAAUGGGAAUGGUUACUAGGUAAAUGAAAAGUUUAUACAGAUUUGCUGAGGUUGUACUAACAAUGUUCUUUUUAAAAUAAAUAAAUAACACUUGCACACAGUGGAAGGGCGUGUGAAUUUAUUUAUUAGAAUAUGCACUCUUUGUAGAUAAGGGAGUCCAUUCAAGGAUGGUUUCAGCAGAGGAGAAUUCUCAGGUUUCACGAUAUUCCAGCUUCUUGUAUAAAACUGGGCAAAAUAGUUAAUUGAAUAAUAAUGCAGUGCAUGAAAAAUGGAUUAAUGAUUGGUGAGUUAAAAUAUGGGUUUUGAAGGACAUAAUGUCAAAGGAAGUUUGUUUGAUGAAUAAAAAGUGUAGUUUUAUUUGUAUA